AUGUCAGGCGCAAAGCUAGUCCCCAACAUUCCCACCGUCGAGGGUAUUCCCAUCCCGCCGACCACCUCGAAGGACGAGGGAAGCUGGGUGAGACCAGAGACCGCCGACGAUGUCAACAACCCGGCCUCUUCGCGGUGGUAUCUCAAGGCACAGGCCUCUGCUCUGCGAUCCGGCCAAUACAUCGGCAUGACCCUCCAUUACCUCGCUAGCCCUCGACCACCAAACCCCAGCUUCACCCUUACGAUCCCGUCGCUACUCUCCAAGUACAAGGGCACUUUUACCCUCCAAUUCUAUACACCAAAGGGCUACCAAGAUGCUUCUAAGCAUGGCAAGCGAUACCCGGCAGUCGUCAACUUCCACGGCGGUGGCUUCACAAUCGGCAACGGUACCGACGAUGCCCGAUUUGCUCGCUACGUCCUCGAUACCUGCGACGCCGUCUUCGUCUCGGUCGAUUACCGUCUCGCGCCCGAGUAUCCCUUCCCGACCGCGGUCGACGAUGCUGCCGAUGCGCUGUUCUACAUUAUCCGCCAAUCGGCCGAUCUGCACAUCGACCCCAUGAAGCUUGCGACAUCCGGUUUCUCAGCUGGCGGCAACAUCGCUAUCACUGCCACGCUGCGCUUCAACGAACACUUGAAGGAAUUGGCCGAUCCCGAGAACAAGGCGCCCCCAGUUCCCGAACACAAGAUCCGCGCCAUUGCGACUUGGUACCCCGUCACCGACUACAGCGUCUCGCGUGCCGAGAAGCGCGCCACCUGCGUCAAGCCCGAGCACACGUUGCCUCCUACCAUGACCAACCUGUUCGACGGGUCUUACCUCUACCCUGGCGAUCUCAAGAUGGAUCACCCUUGGUUGUCUCCGUCCAGAGCCAGCAACGAGGAACUCAAGGAAGCCAUCCCGCAGAAUGUGCUGGUGUACACGUGUGAGUGGGACAUGCUACAGAAGGAGGGCGAGGCGUUCGCCAAGAGGCUGGCGGCCGAGCCCCUGAACAAGACGGUCCAUCACAGGAUGAUUCCCGGGGUUCCCCAUGGCUGGGAUAAGAGUCCGGAUCCGCUGAAGCCGGCGAUGCACACGCAGGAGGUGUAUACGGAUUGUUGCAGGAAGUUAUUGUCGAUUUUUAAUGCGGUUGACUGA